GGGAAAGACCUUGAGAGUACUGUGUGCCAGACCCACUGCGAUGACCGGGCGAGAUAUGCUAACCCAAACAAGUAAACUGUACCAAAUGAUUCAAUUGUUCAAUUGAUUUAAAUUCGAAGCAACCAGGCAGUAGUUUUCAAAAAAAAAGUGAAAAUCAAUGUAGGCUAAUCGAAAGUCCAUCUACGGCUAUGGUGUGUGAUAUAAUGCAAGCACUAUCCACUAUCUAUGGCUACAUGCUGCUGAUUUAGGUGAAAUUUAUGCGUGUUAAUGCUGAAUUUUAACGAAUUUCAGUUCAAUUCAGACACCAUUCAGAUAGCAUUGAAAUGCCAUCAAAAUAAUUGACCGUGCCAUGCUAAUUGCUAAUUGCUGCUUUUCAAUUGUACACUUUUGCUUUUAUUACAAUGCUUUUAUUAUGCUUUCACCCGGCGCCUGAUUAGCACGAAUAUCGAACGACUUGGACACCACCGAAUAUCUUGACACGGAUUAUGUAAGAGGCGACACUUUUUUGAUUUGUAUCUAAAUUGCAGGCCAUAUCAUAAACCUUCGGACCAUCUGCGGCAGCGGAAAGUGAAAAGAGUCCGGCGAUGAAAAGCAGAAAACAUGCAGGCCAUUGAAAGCAAAAGUUUGGUGCGUGCUGCGCAUGCGUAGGUGGAUUCCGGCCAAUGGGACAGUGGAGCGGGGCAGCGAAACCAGCUGAAUGAAGAAGUGGACAAGUUGAUGGGUUUCAUCAGUUGAUGGGAUAGUCAUAAGCUUCAACUUUAAAGAAUCUAUGUAUAUGAUGAUGAUCUGCGGCACCACAGUGCGUCGUGGUCAGGUGGCGGCGUAGCAUAAUGAGGCGCACUGGUCAGUGGGUGAGGGGUGUGUUUGUGAUUGCGGCAGGUGAAAUGGCUGCGUAAAAGUCAUAAACUGCCCAAAUCCAUGCCGUGUGCCAUGCCGAUGAGCCGACCCACCGACUCUGGUGCAUUGGCCACCGAUGUGGCGAUGUUAUUGCUGGCGAUUGGUAUGCACAGUGGGUUUUGUGGCCAGCACAAUGGCCACUCCACUGUGCCGCGAUGUCCGCUUUAUAAAUACAACAGCGACCAAGGAAGUUCAUUUCAUUUUCUUGGCGGCGAUCGCAGCAAACGGAUUAAACGCGAGGCGAUCCAACCCCUAUACUAUAUACAUAUAUAUAUAUAUAUACUGUCAAAAUAUAUAUCGAAAACAAGCGACAUGCAUCUCUUGGCCAGUUCGAGGAGCCUCCAUCUGCUGAUGGUCUUGGCUGUGAUCGUGGCUAACCAUCGCGUCGAUGCCGCCUUACGUUUGCGCCAGACCAGACGCUCGGCCACGCCCCCCGCCAGUACUACGCCCACCUUGACAGUGACCAGCGAGGAGGCGGAGCCACAGGAAUCCGUGGCGGAGAGUGCACCGACGACGAGCGUGGUCACCGAACCGGAAACGGAAACAGAAGUGCAAGUGGAGGUCACAACCGGAAAGCACAAGCGUGGCAUUCUACACGGCCACGCCCACCUGCAGGGCCAAUGGCCCGCCCGCACCUAUGCCGCCCACUACGGCUACAGUCUGCAGCUGCCCGGAGGCAGUGCCUUCCUGGCCGCCGCUCCACCGCGCCGCCACUUCGUCAAGUACGGCCAUGGUCUGGUCAAGCCGCUGGUUUCCGGUUCCGGUUUGCUGCCCGCCCUGGUUCCCGCGCCCGCUGCCCUGCUGCCCGCCGUCGCCCCAGCCCUGCCCGUUGGAUUGCCCACUGGUCUGCCCGCCGGCGUAGCCAGCGCCAUUCCCGCCGGCGUGGCCACUGCCAUUCCCGCCGGAGUGGCCAGCGCCAUUCCCGCUGGUGUGGCCACUGCCUUGUCCACCGGCGUGGCCACCGCUUUGUCCACCGGCGUGGCGCCGCCCUCGUAUGUCCUGCGUCCCGGCAAUGCGGUCGUCUCCUCGUACAGCGUCAACUAUCCGCACCAGCACCUGCAGAAGCCCGUGGUCUUCCAGUCCGCCGUGAAGCCGCUCCACUUCCAUGCGCCCGCUCACGCCCAUGUGCACGCCGUCCAGCCAACCUAUGUGCAGACCUAUGCUCCAACUGCUCCGGCUGUGCCUGUGCAGCCCGUGCAACCCAUUCAGCCCAUUCAGCCUGUGCAGCCAGUUCAACAUCUUCAGCCAAUCCAACCCAUUCAGCCCGUUCAGCCGGUGCAACCGGUGACCACCCAUCACUUCCAGCCCGUGCAGCCCCUGCAGCCAGUUACUCCAAUCCAACCAGUUCAGCCCCUUCAACCAGUUCAACCCCUGCAACCCGUCCAACCCAUCCAGCCCAUCCAACCCACAGUGGCCUUCGGUGUUCCGGCUCCCCCAGCUGUGGAUCUGCCCGUGAUCCCCCAGUUCCCGCAACCGCCGCAGUUCCCCGGAGUGCCCACCUUUAGCUUCCAGCCUGCCCAACCCGCUGUGCCCGCUGUUCCCGCUGUGCCCGCCCAGCCUGCAGUGCCAGCUGCACCAGAAGCCCCCGAAGUGCCACAGGUUCCCGCCAUUCCUCAGAUUCCGGCCAUACCUCAGAUCCCACAAAUCCCACAAAUCCCACAAUUUCCCGCAUUCCCUCCGUUCGGCGGCUUUCCGCAGAUACCGCAGUUCCCACAGGCGCCAGCCAUUCCAUCGCCUCCACCGGUGCCAGCAGUGCCAGCAGUGCCAGGAGUACCAGCAGUGCCCACGGUGCCUGCUUUCCCCAGUCCACCCACUAGCCAAUUCUUUCCGGCUGCACCACAGCCACCACUGCCCCAGCAGCCACCCACCUUCGGUCAGCCGGAGUCGCAGUUUCCAGGCGGCAUUGUGCCGCUGCCGGGCUCCACACCCGUGCGUCCGGAAUCCGGCACGGGCAUAGCCUCGCCGCAGAUACCCCAGUCGCCGGAGCCGGAGACGCCGUCGGAGGUGCCACCACAGCGUCCGUCUGUUCAGCAGCCACCGCAGCAGCCGUGGAAGCCGGUCUUCUACAGUCCACCCACCGAAUCCGCGCCAGCGUCGCCCAACCGGCCAUCGAUCACCCUGCUGCCGCCCUACGGCAGCUCGCCAGCUGAAGGUUACCUGCCACCCGUGGGCAGCCAGCCAUCGUCCUUGAGUGCGGGCAGUGGUGGCAUCGGCAGCCAGGGCGGCAUCUUCGACCAGCUGACCGACGCCGAGCUGGAGCACAUCUUCGCCCAGGCCAACUUGGCGCAGCAGCAGCAUCAGCAGCAGCAACAGCAGCAACAGCAGCAACAGCAGCAGAGCCACAACUACCACCACUACUGAGCUCGCCACUCACUUCAUUUUCUUUAGGGAUCUUUUCAAAUUUUUUUUGUUUUUUUUUUGCAGCGCUCGCUCAUUUGUACUCUACUUGUAUUGUAAAUUAUGUUGCUAUUAAAUAAGUUAUUUAUGGAAAAAUUCAA